AUGUAUUCGAACAAACCGAAGCGAACGCCCAUAGACAACCCAUCCCUGGGGAAGAUCGACAGCCCUUACAUUCCACCACCUGUAGAUAACCCUCCAGUUGUGCCGAAGUAUGGUCUAUGCAAAAAGCCCGCCAACCCCAGCAAGACUCCCAAUGACGGCGCCCAAAUGAUGAUCCGGAGCAACUACGUCAAAGUCAGAAAGGUACCCGAGAAUCUCCACGUGUAUUCUUUAACCUUCUUUCGGACGAAUCGAGAGGGAGUUCGGAUGGAGUACAACAAACGUCGCGAGAUCCGGGAUGCAUUCCAGGCCAUGGUCAAGGCCGAUGCGCUACAACUCGAGGCUGACGGUGUGGAGCGGGUGACUGACUUCAAGACACUCUGGACGACUAAACCAAUCCAUGGUCGCGACAAGAAGGACUACACGUUUCUUAGCCAGUCCUUCGCAUACACUCAACAGAACGGCAAGGCUAUCACUAACAUGCAAGCGGAAGUCUGUUAUGUCGGCCAUCUUAGCGAUAUCGAGAACGCACUCCGAACGAACCAUCUCGUGUCAUUGCCUGAAUACAUCCGUGCUCUCAAUGCCAAUGUAGCUCAAUGCAUUGAAAACCGCCAAGCUACAACAGAGAAGAAGGUCAGCCGAGUCGGAGCGAACAAGUUCUAUGUUUCCAAUGGUUAUAAGGAGAUGAGAGGCUUACUAGCAGGUCGCGGCUACUUCACUUCGAUUCGUCCUGGCGCUGACACAACUCUCCUCAACAUCAACCCAGUAACUUCCGCUUUCUUGCCGCCUGUAACAAUCUCUGAAUUCAUCAAGAAGAUUGGCACUGACGAGCAUGCUCGUGCCUACGCUAGUCAGCUGUUGCACGGAGCGACAGUGAAGAUCCGGUACCAAAGAUCGAACUACGUUGGCAGUGACGUCGACUACAACUCCGAUGCAGCUCGACUAAAGAUCUUCACUCAGAUCGGGCCAUACUAUGCUCACCAGCAGAAGUUCUAUGAGCUGGCGGAUAAAGUGGAGGACGAACCUAGGAAAACGAAACCUACCAACAGAGGAACUACCGUUCUCAAAUACUUUACGGACCGUAAGUUUACUAGCCAUUAG